AUGGACAACAAAAUACAGCUGGCCUGUCUCCUUCUUUGUAUUUCACUUUUAGGUUUUGAUGACAUCGGUUACCACUAUCUGAUUGGCGGAGAUGGGACUGUGUUUGAGGGUCGGGGUGGAAGAGUCAAAGGCGCUCACUCACCAGGCUACAAUAAUAGAAGUAUCGGUGUAUGCCUUCUCGGUGAUUUCACGAAAACUUUACCAACUACUGAUGCCACUACAUCAUUAAAGAGGCUCCAUGCUUGUCUUCAAAUCAAAGGAGUACUUUCUGUUAACAACAGUGUCUUCGGUCAUAGAGAUGCUCGACCAACGGAAUGUCCCGGGUCCAAGUUCUAUAGCAGUUUACAUGAAGAAUUCGGAGAUUUCUGGCACAGAAUCAAGCCGGAGAUGUGGACAAACUGUAGAGUAGACGGAGGAACAUGCUUAGACGUUACUAAAGUUGAAUGCGAGGGACGCUGGAAGACUGACUUGUGUCCAGGACCUACGGAAAUUAAAUGUUGCAUUCCGGAGUAGAAGUAGAACACGUAAGAUUUGAAGCUGAUUUAUAUUCUCCAGUAUGUGAAAUCGUCUUCUGUACAUUCUGCCGCUGGUGACUAAUAAAUGUAUUAUCCAGCAUGUGAAAUCAAAUCGUAUUAUGUAUAUUGUGAUGCUGGUGACAAAUAUUCCUCUGUGUGUGAAAUCGUAUACAGUACAUUCUGACGUUUACUUUUAUGUUUCUGUUACAUGAUUUAGACUCAAUAAUUUAAAAACAGUUACCAUCCGAUUCUGGAUGAUUGAUUGUUAUGACUCUUAUGUUUUUCAAAGAAUGCGAAGGAAUGUUAAUCUAAAAUAAUAACCAGUUAUCGUCUUGUUAUAUCCAUAUUUUCUUUUGUAUGCUAAAUGAUGUUACUGUGCUUAACUUAAGGUAUGACUAUUAGUGUUCACUGCCUGCUCAUGAGCCAUGCAUGGACAUUAUGGUUAAACAUUUAUUAGACUAAUAAAAGCGGUACUGAA